AUGAGCACUAUUGAUGGUGCGGUGAGAGUUGAGGUUAGCACUACUAAGGGUGCUGAGGUUAUUGAUGCGGGCACUACUGAGGGUGACCCUACUGGUGGUGGUCAGCGCCAGAACAGGUUGUAUGCUCUACAGGCUCGCCAAGACAAGGAAGAUUCUCCUUACAUGGUCACUGAAGUAAACUUUAGUGUCAGCCCAGAAACCCUUUCAGAUGCCUUUUCAGUCUCUACUCUAGUUGGUGAUCCAGUUAUAGCUAAACGGAUUCACGUUCUAACAAGGGAGAUGGUGUAUACUGCAAUGUUGUUGCUAAAAUAUUUACCAAUAUCUUUAGUAGAUACUAUAAUUGCAAAAUACGCUAAAUUUAAGUUUGGAAAUUUAGCAGAAUUAGGAAUACAACAACCGGAAGAAGGCCCAUUUUCUUUUAAAAUAUCAAAAGGUAGAUCUACAGUAAUUAAUGUUGGUGCCAUUGACAAGAUUAAACUUGGACAGAUUAAGGUACUUCCUGAAAUAUCGAAAAUAAAGGAACAUCCAAUAGUGUUUGACAAUGGAGAUGAACAUCAAUUUGAUGCAAUCAUUUUUGCUACUGGAUACAAGAAUAUUGCUACCAAAUUGCUAAAGAUAGAGUCUGGUGGUACUUUGUCUCCAUUUGUUACUUGA